CUUGACAGCUCAGAGGAGAGGUCUGGAGGACCACGACGCGCAGGAACAGUCCUCAAUCUCUCACAUUAUUUUUUUUGUCAGCUAUUCAGAUCCAUAUAUAAUUAUAAAGGCCCCAGAAAGCUGUGUAUAGUUUGAAAUAUUCGCUAUCAUCCGUUGCCAGCGCUCUCGCACAGAGUAUUCAUCCCGGGAUUUUGAAUGGAAGUGGAGGCUGAAGGGGCGGCCAGCCUGUGUGAGGCCGGGGAUGGGAGUCCGUUAUCCGGGGCAGCAUCAUCCGAUGACGCGGGGACGACAGACGAUGGGGACGCGGACACGAUAUCGAAAAAGGCUUUCAUCACAGAGAUGCCUUCAUCGUCAGGCCAGCCGGCUCAUGGGAAGAAGAUCGGUCACAGAGGAGUGGAUGCUUCAGGAGAAACCACAUAUAAGAAGACCACAUCUUCAGCACUCAAGGGAGCCAUUCAGCUUGGGAUUGGCUACACGGUUGGCAACUUGAGUUCCAAGCCUGAGCGGGACGUCCUGAUGCAGGAUUUCUAUGUGGUGGAGAGCAUCUUCUUCCCCAGUGAAGGGAGCAACCUGACACCAGCCCAUCAUUUCCCAGACUUCCGCUUCAAAACCUACGCUCCCGUGGCCUUCCGUUACUUCAGAGAGCUCUUCGGGAUACGGCCGGAUGACUAUUUGUAUUCGCUUUGUAACGAACCACUGAUUGAGCUGUCCAAUCCGGGAGCCAGUGGUUCAGUCUUCUAUGUCACCAAGGACGAUGAGUUCAUCAUCAAAACAGUUAUGCACAAGGAGGCGGAGUUUUUGCAGAAGCUUCUUCCUGGAUAUUACAUGAACUUGAAUCAGAAUCCUCGCACCUUAUUGCCCAAGUUCUUCGGGUUGUACUGCGUACAAUCGGGCGGCAAGAACAUUCGAAUGGUGGUGAUGAACAACGUUUUGCCCAGGGUGGUGCGCAUGCACCUCAAAUACGACCUGAAGGGAUCCACCUACAAGCGACGGGCCUCUAAGAAAGAGCGGGAAAAGGCGAAGCCCACUUUCAAAGACCUCGAUUUCAUGCAGGACGUUCAAGACGGUCUCCUGCUUGAUACAGACACGCACAGCGCCCUGGUCAAGACGUUGCAGAGGGACUGUUUGGUCUUGGAAAGCUUUAAGAUUAUGGAUUACAGUUUGCUGCUGGGAGUACACAACAUCGAUCAGGCGGAGAAAGAGCAGCAGAUAGAGGGAUCUCAGGGCAACAGUGAUGAAAAGAGGCCGCUGGCACAGAAGGCGCUCUACUCCACUGCCAUGGAGUCCAUACAGGGAGCGUCGGCCUGUGGAGAGGAGAUCGACACUGACGACACAAUGGGCGGCAUUCCUGCAGUCAAUGGAAGAGGAGAGCGGCUGUUACUGUACAUCGGAAUAAUCGACAUCUUGCAGUCUUACAGGUUAAUAAAGAAAUUGGAGCAUACGUGGAAGGCUCUAGUCCACGAUGGGGACACAGUGUCUGUUCACAGGCCAUCUUUCUAUGCAGACAGGUUCUUCAGGUUCAUGAGCACUACUGUAUUCAGAAAGACUUCAUCGUUAAAAUCCUCUCCGUCAAAAAGGGGUCGUGGGGGUCUAGCCGUGGGCAAAUACGGCGGGCCCGGAGCGGCCUGGUCGGCCAGCCAGCUGCCCUUCGUGAGAGACGAAAACAUCUACGACUUGAGAGGAGCCCGUAGCUUCCCCACACUGGACGAUGAUGUUUCAGGUCGGACGGAUGUGCUUCCCUGCACCCCUCCCUCAUUCGAGGAGGCCACCACAGCCUCCAUCGCCACCACGCUGUCCUCCACCACCUCUCUGUCCAUCCCAGAACGCUCCCCCUCGGACACCUCCGAACAACCGCGCUACAGGAGACACACCCAGUCCAGUCACGAAGAAACAAUGCAGGAUGAGGACCAGCAGACCAUCACAGUGGAGGUGGAAGUGGAGGGGCGAUACGACAGCGAGCUCACCCUCGUGGCUCCCCAGGUAUCGCCGGAGAACAGUGAAGCUCCAGAGACGUUUCUAGAAGCCUCGUCCUCCUCCGUCCCAGCGAGCCCCAGGAUAGUCGUGGAAUCUGACAGCGCCAGUCAGGCCUCAGGCUGUACGAGCCGUGCCUCUGUGGACGAGGAUGAUGAUGUGCCAAUUACAGACAUUUAUUUUGCUCCGUAUCUAUCUCUACCCACUGCAUUUCUAAUAUCCCUCUCUGCCACUCUUGUUCCAUGUCUGUCUUCCUCUCUGCAUAUUUCUACUGGCUGCUUCUGUGUGUCUCCACCCCUUCUGGCUCCCUCUGCUGUCUUGGUUGUGUACCAGCAGCCUCCAGAAGACAAAAGCUGGGUGUAUUCUCCUCUGCACUUCAGCACAGGGUCAAAGACCCUUCCAGAGGACGAAGAGGAGAGUGAAACAUAAUCAGACCUCAGGAGAGAGGAGCAGCUCCGAGGUUUGGACUCCUCAGACUCAUCACGUCCCGAAGCUCUACUGGUCGGAUGCUACUGUUGGAAUUUCCGCAACUCAAGCUUCAUUUGCAUCGUUCUAUCACCCACUUCACAAACAACACCAAGCGAGUAGCAAUACCAAUGUCCAGACGUAUUUAUGGGGAAAAAUUUAUAUAUUUGUUUAAUUAUUUUGUUUUGUUGAAAUGUUUUGGUUUUUCGUUCAUUGUCCAAUUUGCAUACUGUGAACGUGUUCUCCAAUUUGAGCUCUGGGAUGCAAGACUCCUAAGAGUAGGCUGUAUGCUAUUUUUGAAAUGAUUUAUUUUAAUUUUUUAUUCUUUUUGGGCUGUAGGCUAUGUGACCUUAAUUUAAAAAAGAAAGACAUUUUUUAUAGUUAUGUAUGCUACUCUGGUUGUUAAUGCACGUUGGUUAUCAGUAGCUUUGUUCCUUAACCGUUUGAAAAAAUGCAAAUUCAUUUGUUUUAUUUCUAAUUAAUCUGCAUUCUUGCAAAUGAUCCCAAAUGAUAGUUCAUAUUGUGUUCCAUUUCUGUUGCAGUCCUUUAAUACUAAUUUUAAUUUUUUAAUUUCUGGAUAUCCCCUCCCCCGUCAUCGGGGCCAUUAAGAUUGUGGACCAAAUUAUUGUGUGGGAGGCCAAAUAUGUAAAACAAAUUGUUACCAUAUCACAAUCAUUUCACUAUCAGAAAUAUUUCAGUUAAAAAGUUUUAAAUUGUAAAUCCAUAUGUAUAGAAUUUGUGUGUGUGCCUAUGCAUUGAGCGUGUUUGUGGUUUUGAGUAAGCGAGUGUAUCAUUUUUCACAAUGGAAGUGUGUGACACUGAUUCUUAUGAUGUGGCCAGUUGCUAUUGCAGUUGUAUCUAAAAUAAAAGGACUACUGCAGCAAUAUUUGUAAAGUGUAGCACACACAAAUUUUGGUUGCCUUGAUUUUUUUUGCCAACCUCAAUUCUAUUGUAGUUAUAAAAUAUUCACUGAUUCAGUCUUUUUUUCUGUCUUAGAGAAUUUGUAAAUAGAUCUUUAAAUACAUAUAAAAUAUAUUUUAAAUGUUAUUUGAACUUUUAUUUUGUAUUUUAUUUUGCAAAAGAUGUCCAAGCCUAGGUCCACACAAAACCCACCCAUUCUUCCAGUGUUGAGGACAUGCGCCAUUUCUUGUGUUAAGUCUAAGCUUUCUUUGUAUCAUAUGUAUAAACUUUACAGUUCAGAUUGUAAAGUCUAUACGUUCUCAGACAUACAACUGUAUCAAUCGCUUACUCUUCCAACAGUUGAGCUGUGUUUGUGUGGUCAAAAAGCUGUGUGCCCCCCCUCAAUAUCAAGAGCAUGACAAAACAUGAGUCUACUUACAUCGAUGUACAGCAUAGACAUUUAUCCUACAAAAAAAAAAAAAAAAACCACAACCAAUGGACCCAUGUGUGUACAUUUGUUAAAACCCUUAAAAUAAAUACAACUCUUGAUUCACA